AUGCCGUCCACCGAUUUUGACACUCGCCCACCACCCAGCUCUGAUAAAGGAAUCGAUAAACCUUCAUCGCCGUCCGCUGCAGCUAGCCCAACAGUGGUAUCUGCCCAGGGUAACAGAGCUGGGCGAAACGCACAAGCUUCUUCCGAGCAAGGCUAUAGGGGGAGCGAGACUGGCUCUGCGGAGAUGGCCGAAGAUGAAGAAAAACAUGUGCCCCAGUCACCAUAUGUCGAAUACAACCGGUCUGAUACCUCAACCUAUUCUUGGGAAAUAGCUUUUGCAAAGCCAGACGAAACAUUAUCCGAUCGCUCCGAGAGGAUCAAAAAGGUGGUGGAGAAUUCGAAUAAUCUGGGAAAGCUGGCGGGGUGUGAAGGAUUAUAA